AUGGGAAGACAGCCCGGCUGGAGCAGGCCGUACGACGGAGACAUGCCCCGUCACAUCGAUCAAGAUGUCCACAGCGCCUUUGUGGAAUUUCGCAAUGGCAGUAAGAUGAUGACAAGUGCAGGUUGGGGCGCUGUUUUACAUUGCAACCAGGUCCGGGCGAAGAACACCUCCAGGCAGCGGGAGCAUCUGAUGGUGUGCCCCGGCUACCAGAGCGUGCUGAAGGAGAAGAUCCCCGCGAACAACCUCCGUCACCAAUUUGACGAGGAUGAUGUCGCCAGCUCACUGGCGCUGCCUACCCCGUCCUUGACACUUGACUUCCGGAUGAGUAUCCGGGUCAAGCCAAAGCUCAGCAUCGGCACUGCCAACUUUGGCCGGGAAAGCUGGAUUUCGUGCGUUGGCGGUCAGUGGGCUGGGAGGUUUGGUAAGGGCAUCCUGCUGCCUGGCGGCCAGGACAAGCAGACUAUGGUCAAGGACAUGGCUACGAGGAUUGAUGCGAGCUAUCUUUUACAAACUAAUGACGAACAACCUGCCUUGAUUACAUGCAAGGUCAAGGGCUGGUGGACGGGGGAUCGGGAUGUCAUGGAACGGCUGCAGGACCCGGUGGCGGCCGACAAUGUGGCUGCUCACCGGUAUUUGUUCCGUGUGGUCAUCGAGCUGGAGACGGGCGAUGAGCGGUAUGCAGAUGUCAACACUGGGUUGUGGGUGGGGAGCGGGUGUAGGAGGGGUGCAGAGAUUGUUUAUGAUGCCCACCGCGUCAGUUAG